GAUGCAGGGAAAAGGAAUUGAUCCGCCCGCACGCUGAGCUGAGCUCAAAUUGUUUCUUUUCCCCCCCAAAGCUUAGUCUUUUCAGAACCGGUUUUUUUUUUUUUAAAGGUUGCUCAACAGGUCUGUCAGUGUCUUGCUGGUGCACACAUACUGGGAGAGAAGAACACCAUGUCUUCUGUGAGCUCCAACUCGCUCUUUGGGAUGGGAAACCCCUUACUCGACAUCUGUGCUGUUGUUGAUAAAGACUUCUUGGACAAGUACUCUCUGAAGCCCAAUGAUCAGAUCCUGGCUGAGGACAAGCACAAAGCACUAUUUGAUGAGCUUGUAAAGAAAUUCAAAGUAGAGUAUCACGCCGGUGGAGCCACUCAGAACUCGAUUAAGAUCGCUCAGUGGAUGAUCCAAGAGCCCCACAAAGUCGGCACGUUCUUCGGCUGCAUUGGGAAAGAUAAGUUUGGAGAGAUCCUCCAGCAGAAGGCGGCGGAGGCCCAUGUGGACGCCCAUUACUACGAGCAAGACCAAGAGCCCACAGGGACGUGCGCUGCUUGCAUCACCGGAGAUAACAGGUCUUUGGUAGCUAACCUAGCAGCUGCUAACUGUUAUAAGAAGGAGAAGCAUUUAGACUUGGAAGAAAACUGGGAGCUGGUGGAAAAAGCUAAAGUCUACUAUAUUGCUGGUUUCUUCCUGACUGUGUCUUUGGAGUCCAUCCUGAAAGUGGCAAAGCACGCUUCUGAAAAGAACAAGCUAUUCUGCAUGAACCUUUCUGCACCUUUCAUCUGCCAGUUCUUCAAGGACAACCUCAUGCAGGUUAUGCCUUACAUCGACGUGCUAUUCGGCAAUGAAUCGGAGGCAGCAGCUUUUGCUAAGGAGCAGGACUUUGAGACUAAAGACAUUAAGGAGAUUGCCAAGAAAGCCCAGGCGUUAACCAAAGUUAACACAAAGAGACAGAGAAUCGUUGUAUUUACCCAGGGAAAGGACGAAACUAUCAUGGCCCACAGUGAUAAGAUUGAGACAUUCCCUGUCCUGAAGAUUGACCCAAAGGACAUUGUUGACACAAAUGGUGCAGGCGACGCUUUUGUCGGAGGCUUCCUGUCUGGACUUGUCCAGGAGAAACCUCUGGAUCAGUGCGUCCGGGCAGCACAUUACUCUGCUAACGUCAUCAUCAGACGAGCAGGAUGCACCUUCCCAGAAAAGCCUGACUUCAAAUGAGGAACGCCGCAAAGCUCUUCCUUCAGCCUGAAAACCUCGUAACCCACACUGCCUCUGCUCUUCAGAUCCCCAUUGUUUUUUUGUUUGUUUUUUUAAUUGGUCACCUAAUGUCAGUUCUUUUUAAAGCGUCUGCAUAUCUUUACUUGCCUAUUGAUGUCUUGUCUGUCUCCAUUUUGUCCUCAAGAGGUCAGUAGAGGACCAUUCAGCCAAGAUCGGAGGGAGUUUUUUUGUACUUGUUGACAAUUAAGAAAAUAGGGUUGCGAGUUUCUAGUUUGCCUUAUGCAAAAAAUCCAACACCUUUUUCCUGUUGGAGUUCCUCCUCCAGUGUCUGGCUGCGCAGACGCCUCUCGCGUCUGCAGCUGCUUUCAGAGACCGACUUCAAGCACAAACGAGGACUACAGAGCAAAACAUCACUAUCACGGCGGGUUUUUGAAGAUAUAGCUGUGAAACUUUCAGCAAGAACUUUAGAUCAGUGUUUUAUCUGCUUUUGAGGAGUCGAAAAACCAAAUGUUUUUAUUUUUAAUGCACAAUUUUUAGUGGCCAUAAAGAUUCCACCUCUCAGCUCAUCCUGUUUAAACAGGUCAGUUUAACGUGUUUUAGGUGAGCUGUCGGCCUUUUUUCUUCUUCUUCUUUUAGUCCUAGCUCUUAAAUUACUACAUAUGGUGCUGAUUGGAUGAGGACAACUCUGGUCCUGGACUGUGAACCAGAAUUAAUAGUUUUGGUAAAGUAAUAGUGAAUUUAACGUGAAAAGCAUCUGCAGGAGCGAAAUGUCUUCAUACCCUAAGGGAAAUACUUAAACUGGCUGAAACAGUUUCGUUCUACUUAUUACACAUAUAAAUUUGGAGCAUUUAUCUUUACAUUAAUUUCUUAAAAUUAUACCUGAACACUGAAAUAUUUUCAUUUGGAUUCAUGUCAGAGUGUGUAUUAUGAAAGGUUGAAUCCUGGUUAAAACUAUCAUUUUUAUUUUGUCUUUAUUAUGAAGUGAUGUUUAAAUCAGGCAGCACUCCAUCUGAUUUUACAAGGCCUCAAAGUUUCACAUGUCUCAAGAAAAUAGCCUCAUCCUGUUCAUAGGAAAAAUACAAAGCAAAUAAUUUCAACAGACCACUUUGUGCUUUAAUAAUGAUUUCUUUCUUUCUGUUGAAGAACAGAAUCACCACAGCAUGAUGCCACCUCCACCGUGUGCCAUUACGGCCAUGGUGUGUUCAGUGUUAACAUCUUUAAUUUAUACAUUUACACUGUUUAAUUCUUUAAAUUAUAAAUAGUUUAGAUUUUAUUUUUUAUUAUUUAAAAAAUUGCACCUCCACAACCUGACCUUGACUUGGCUUAAUCAGUUUUACACGUGAUUACUUGAUGACUUUCUAAUCAGUAUUUUGAAACUUCUGGGCAUUUUUUUUCAACCACUUGACUUAAUUAAGUGAGAAAAACGAAAGAUAACCUGAAGUUGUUAAACCUGCUUUACGGCACUGGUAUUUAUGUUUGCGUGGACUAAACUUAAAAUACUUCAAACUUCUGUAUCUGGUCAAUGUAAACGGCGUUUCAAAGAGGUUAGAGUUGUUGGAAGUUGUCCCAGUGGGCAUUGAAAUGAACACUGACUUCAUUUGUUUUCUUAAAGCCACCCGGGUCAGGACUGAUCAGGAGAAUGGAAAAUGGAUGUUGUUUUAACUUGUUGUCGGAGGUAAAACCUCUGCUUUAAAAAGAAUACCAAAAACAAAAAGAGGAAAUUUUUGAAAGUAAACCACAGGGUAACUACUUAUUAUAGGGCUUAUUAUAUGUUGAGAAAAUUCAAAUUGAACAGCUCCGACUAUUGACAAAGUUAAUAAAAAUGUCUUCAGAAAAGUGUGCAGUGUCAGAGUAAUGGAGAAGGUGUUUCAAAACUUGCCUGCUGGGAAUGUUUCUCCAUAUUUGAGGCUUCACCAUGUCCAGAUACACCAAAAAAGCCUUAUGUGACCUUUUCUUUCUGGUCUCAAGUGAUGCUCAAGUUGUCCAUAAGUCGCAGACUGUGAUGUUUGAAAAAGAAUAAUAAAAUUCUGUUUAAUUAUGCUAA